AGUUCAGUUCGACCUUCAAUUACACUCAGGUUGCAACUUGCAAGUGCCAACUCAGGUUGCAAAAAGAGGAUUAUGUGACGUGUACAAUGUGAUGAGGUGUCAACAAACUAUAUAUAUAAUAGAUAGAUUCUGCGCGCCUAAACUCCAUUUCAAUUUUCAACUUCACUCUGAACUGAAUCGUUUUUUGCAGCUCGAUAACAGAGUAGUGUGUGGAAGAAGAACUAAUAACCGCUCAAACUGUUCAUUCACAUUUCUAGGGUUCCAUUUCUCGUUUUCGCUUUGAAUUCUUCAAAAUGCAGAGGCUAGGAUUCCCAAUCUCUAAGAGUCUCGACAAAUUCAAAUCGCUCUACGGUACAACAUCGGGAACUGGAAAACCGUUAUCGUCGAUCUCUGUUCGUCAAACUACCGAUUCCGUUUCAUCUGGAAGUUUUGCGAAUCUGAAGCUAACCGCAGAGAAAUUGGUGAAGGAACAAGCUUCGGUGAAGACUGAUCUUGAAAUUGCGAUUAAUAAGCUGAAGAAGUCGGUGGAGCAUAUUCGUGCAUUAGAAGAAAAAUUGCAAAAUGCUUUUAAUGAAAAUGCGAAACUUAAGGUGAAGCAGAAGGAAGAUGAGAAACUUUGGAAAGGACUUGAAUCUAAGUUUUCAUCCACUAAGACUUUUUGUGAUCAACUUACUGAUACUCUACAACAGUUGGCUGGUGUAGUUCAGCAAGCUGAGAAAGAUAAGGAAACAUUGGAAAAUAAACUGUCAGCAAGUUCAGAAGCUCUUGAGAGUUUGAAUAAACAGAUGGAUGGUUUGUCUUUGAAGCUAGACUCUGCACAGGAAAGGAUAAAGACUUGUGAUAAUGAGCUAGAGAGGAUAAAAUUCGCUGCAGAAGAAAGGGAGAAGUUUCACAGCGAUGAAAAUGGCAGAGUUCUAAAGGUUAUACAAGACAAGGAUGCCAUGAUAAAGAAUUUAGAAGACAUGUUAACUUCUAAUAGAUUGGCUACAGAGAAUCUGAACUCAGAGUUAGGAGAGCUUCACCUUCAGUUAAAAGUCAAAGAUGAAGAAAUUACACAUUACAUAGCCUCUCAACAGAAUUUGGAUAAAGAAAAAAGUGAUCUGAAAUUGUGCAAUGCUGAUCUUGCUGAAAAGCUUGACGUGUCACUUCAGGAAAUCAAAAACCUUGAAGGAUCACUUGAGGCGAUGGCUGCACAUCUAUUAAAUUUAGAUAAAGAAAGCUUGAACCUUGUGAGCAAGUUUGACGAAAUGAACUCUCUCUAUACUUCUUGCUUCAAGUUGGUCCAGCACGAAAGAGACACUUUCUCGAAGCAUGCUCAAAACCAGUAUGACGAGCUUCAUAAUAAGUUCUUGGUCUUGUCAUCGGAGAAAGAUGGAAUUCACAUGAUAAAUCAAGAGUUAAGCAAUAGUUUGAAUGAUCUUCACAAAGUCCAAGAGUCUACUGUAGCACAGUAUACAGAGGAUUGUCGAUUAGCUGCUGAGAGAAUUCAGCGUUUGGAGUCAGAAACUGAAGCUUUAAUCUCAAAGAAGGAAGAAGCAGAAGUCACAAUUUCUAAAUUAGAGGAGAAAGCCGAGACUCUGCUAGAAAGUGUUCGAUCAUCGGAAAACCAAAUGCAAGGUUUACUACUCAAAAUUUCAGCUUUAGAGACUGAAAGCAAAGAAAAUAUGGAAAGAAUGCAGGAAGACAUAUUGAAGAAAUCAGACGAAAUCGAUACUCUGCAAAAGGAGAGGCUGAAAAUAGAGCAACAUGCAGACUCCUUUGACAAAGAAGUCCUACAGCUUCGUAAUGUCUUAGAUGAAAAAGAACAAUGCAUUUUGCAGCAUAAAGAACAGGAAAAGAAGCUGGAAGAUCAGAUCACAGAGAACCGGUCGUUAUUAACCGCUGCUGAAAGUAAACUUGCAGAAGCUAUAAAUCAAUACAAUCAAAUGGUGGAGAAUAAGCAGUUGGAAAUGUCAAAGCAUUUAAAAGAAAUAUCUCAGAGAAAUGAUCAGGCUAUUAAUGAGAUCAAAAGGAAGUAUGAAUUAGAGAAGAAGGAAAUUGUCAACAUGGAAAAAGACAAGGCUGACAAGGCUAUUGCAGACAUUGAGGGAAGGUGUGACCAAAAACUUGCAGAAUGCCAAGAAGAAACAAGGCAGCGGUUGAUGGAUGUUCAGGAGGAACACACUAAGCUGGUUAGUCAUAUGCAGCAGGAACAUGAUAAGAGACAACUAUGCCUGCAAGCUGAACACAGUGAACAGUUAAAACGUAACCAACUGCAAGCUGAAAAUGAACUGAGAGAGAAAAUAAUGUUUACGAGGAAUGACCAUGAAGCUCAGAUUAAAGCAUUGAGGUGUGAACUUGAAGAUGAGUGUCGGAAGCUGGAAGAGGAGUUACAUCUCCAGAAAUCCAAAGAAGAGAGGCAAAGGGCUUUGCUGCAGUUGCAAUGGAAUGUGAUGAGUGACAAGCCAAAAGAGGACCUAGAAGUUAAUUCAAAACAGGAUUACUCCAUUUCAUCGAUUAAGAGAAGGAGUUCUUUUGGUGGCAAAAGGAGUCAGCAUGAAAUAGAAUCUCCUUACUUUGAAGAAACAGAAGCACCAGUGCCGAAGUUGUUGAAGAAAGUGGAGAACAUAGUAAAAGCAGGAAAUUCAGGAGGCAUUCCUAAGCAUCAUAGAAAGGUAACUCGCCAUGAAUAUGAAGUUGAGACUGGUAAUGGAAGAACAAUUACAAAGAAAAGGAAAACAAGAAGUACUGUCUUGUUCGAGGAUCCAAGAAAACGAAAGAUAAAAACACCAAAAACAAAUACCCCUAGAACUGUUGUUAAGAGUAUGAGGGUUGAAGACCAUCCUCGUCCUUCAAAUAUCGGUGAUUUGUUUUCAGAAGGGUCUCUAAAUCCAUAUGCCGAUGAUCCCUAUGCAUUUGAUUAAAGUUUCUACGUCACAGAGAAUGGACUCGAGUGAGUUUCCCAACAAGCACUCAAGGUUAUGAAAAGCUUCACUUAAAGCAACAUUGCGUAGUAGAAGUUACUUUUGGCGAGAACUUUGGACUUCCCAAUAGGAUGCUCUCAAGUUCAGCAAAAGGGUCCUCAUCUGAUCCAUCUUCGGAUUUGCUAAGAUCCAUUGGUGCAUUUUUCUUAUUGGAUCAUUGGUGUUGGGAACAAUGCUUUGUCCUCUUUGUAUAUUUGGUUUUUCUUCUGAAUGCUUUGUCAUUUCAAACUUGUUUUGCCAAUCAUAUUUGUUUACUCCAGCAACCGACUCUACAAGUAGUACAUGCGAUCAAAUUCAGUUUGAGUUGUUUCAUUUCCUUUGCUUUUGAGCUCCACAAUGUAAUAAUCAUAUUCACAAUAUGAUAUUGAUUUAGUGUCUAUAUGGCUAGAACAAAUCUAAUCUAUUUUCGAGCAUAUAGACAAACCAUUCUUUUAUCUCUAUCGAAUGUCGAUUUUAUUCUUCGAAGGGUGGUUUCAACUUUCAA